GUCAGGCUACAAAUUCUUCAUUAUGGGAGUGUCCUCAGAAGGCUUCUUUUCCUUUCAUUCAUUCCAAUAUUUUUCGCGAAUGCAGGCUCUGUGUCGUGUAGCCCGUCGUCUCUAUUCGACGCAACCCCCAGAACGGGCUGCCAGCGCCCUGCCAAAGCUUGCAGCCGCUGCCAGAGAUGCCUCAGCUCCAAUGGCCGUUCGUGAACGUCGCGAACGCAAACGGGCCUACCUUAAACCUCCCGCCGACAGCGACCUCACCCCGUCAGAAUAUUCGGGCUACAGAAGAGCCCUUGCCAAAGGCGAGCUGAUGGAUCGUCAAGGGAGAGACAUGACGGAAGCUCAAUGGCUUGACGCCCUCAAUGAACGGCGGACGCGUCUUCGCGGUCUGAAGGUCACGGACAAUCACGGAGAGAAAGAAUUGCAGGUGGUCGGUCAGAGAAUCUAUCUCCCAAACAUUAUAUUCCGCAUGGUGCGCAACCACACACCCACUGGAAAGCCCUAUAACCCCUACGAAGCCACCUUCCGAGUCCCAAUGUCUGUCACGAAAACCGACGUACGCUCAUAUCUAUCUGCCGUGUAUGGCGUUAAAACUACCUACAUUCGAACUGCCAACUACUUCUCGCCAUUAUAUCGCAGAUAUAAUGGAGCAAAGGCGACGCGAUCAUACCGGACAUACAAGCGUGCCAUCGUCGGUCUUGUAGACCCAUUCUACUAUCCUGAAGCAAUGGAAGACAUGACUGCAGAGGACAGAAAGAAACGGAUGGAAUGGUUGAACGAGAAGUUUGCAUUAGAUGCAUUGAAGAGAUGGAGGAGACAUGAACUGGUGCGGACGUCCUUGUCGGGGAGCAAGAACUGGCGCUUCACUGGUCAUCUGCGGAGGGAUAAGAUUCUGAAGGCAGUUGCCAGGAGUCGUUCCAGAAUGCUGCGAGAAGUCGAGGACGUGAAAGAGGAACUGGCAGACAAGCGAGCCAAGGGGAUUCCCAUCUUCUCUGAUACUAAGAGGGGCUCUAAAUGGAGGGAGGCGCUUCUUGCAAACUAGAUCCAAUAGUUCUACUACUGUGAUAUUUUUAUUGCAUUGGACUCGGAUUGUUUUGCAGUAAGCCUAUUGGUUUUCGAAGGAAGAAAUCCCAAGGCCUGGUGCAUGCCCUAGACUAACAUAAUAAUUGAUGUCACAUUUUUGCCAUCACACGACAUGUCACCUUGGUACUAGCCGAGGGAGU